AUGACAGAGGCAGAGCAGGAGGUGAAGCAGCAGUCAGAGGAGCUGAGUGUGAGGAUCGAGGAGCGAGCUGGAGAGGGAGGGAAACAGAGCAUGGAGCGGAGCGAGGGUGAGGAGGUAGGAGCAGGAGAGCGAGUCUCUGGAGGCCACUUCCUGCCUAAAUCUCCUCUCGGCUCUCCGGCUGCCUCUCCUCUCUUUGCUGCUAAUUAAUUGGGCCGGGAAUCAGGCUCUCAUCUUAAAUCUGCUCUCUAAUUGAGCGGUCCUCUCUGCAGCCUCAGACAGCUCAGCAUGUGUCUUCUGCAUGAUUUGGAGCUAAACGCACUGUCACUUUAUUACCCACCACAUAACUCUUAAAGCACCGUUACACCAGUCACAUGGUUACCACAAUUAGCAUGAUGCCAUUUCAUUAGAGGACCGCCCAUCUGACCCUCACCAGCUGAAAAAACAGAGCUCUGCAAAUGCACGCCACUGCUGGCUCAGCAUAAACGCCGCCGUCUGACGGCCUUUAGACAAAGACUUAGUAAAAGUACCAGAAACAUGUUUGUGAGAUUUCUUCUGAGGGUUAGUGAGACGAGCAGAUCUGAAGAUGAUCAGGUGUGUGAAGCUUCAGCAGAUCCUUCAUGUCUGAGAAACUCAGGAGACGGUUUGGAGAGAGGGUCAGGUUCUCCUCCUGGUUCACCUCCUUCAAACAGUUUUUAGUCCAGUUCUGCAGAGACGUGCGUUUAAACCCGGCGUCCCUCGGCGAGUCUUCGCCCCUCAGUUUAUCGGUGGGCUUUUAUUUUGAAAAGGUGCUGGAACAGGAUUAAGUUGAAUGUCUUUAUGAAACAGACCAGGCUGGUGCAGAGGCUUAGAGUCAUCAUCGCCAUGAGGUUACCAUGGCAACAAGUGGGGGUUGAAGGAAACCACCUCUCUCAGUCACUGUGUCGUUUCUUAGUUGAUGUAGUCAUCCUCACCCCCUCACCCCCUCACCCCCUCACCCCCUCAGCUCGUCGUUACUGAGAUUUUUGAUCAGGAGAACGAAACCGCGCCAAAAUUUAAACCAUGGAAAAUUUCAAAAUAAAACAGCUGAUUCAGUACGUCACCGUGGUUUUUCUCUUUUAUAGGCUUUUAUUUUGAAAGGCUUCUGUCUUGUGUUUCGGUCGCUUCAUUUCCUGCGUUGUUAAACUUUUCUGUUGAAGUCUGAGCCGCUUCCUGCAGAUGGUUAUUUCCUGAGCUGCUGCUGCUUCUUCUUCAUGAAGGACGGCGUCCAUGAAGGACGGCGGCGUCCAUGAAGGACGGCGUUGGUUUGAGUGUUUUAUAAGGAUGGUCGUGGUCAGUACUGUGAACGGUCACAGCGCUGGUCAUUGGUGUCAAGGGUUUUAUGAUAAGACCCGUCUUUUCAUAAACACGACUACCUGCUGCUGAUGCCUCCCUCCCGAUUAGCCCCGCCCACUCAAAAAGGCGUCACUCCUUCCAUUAAAAGAGUCAGUAUGUCCGUUUUUAGUCCGGCCAAACCAGCAGGAGUUCUGGUUCCUGGAACAACCCGGAUCAGUGUUAUCAGAGCCGCGCUUCUAUGGCGAGCGUGUGGAGCGGUGAUGGAUGACCUCUGCAGCACCUGGCGGUCUGCGGCGUUGAGAUAUUUAAGUCUUCUCACUUUGGAGCGUCGUAAAUCAGCGCGCACAGUGCGGCUGUGUUUAUGGGAUUAGCUGUGGAAACUCUGCAGGUACGAGAGUCUGAAGGUGUUUGAAGAGGAAAGGUCACGCUCGUGUCAUGUGAUCAUGUGUCGGCCUCUCACAGACAAACGCUUUUCACAUGAGCGGAGACCAGGAGCGGCGAAAAAACCACGUCUGGAACCACUUAGGAGGAGGUCCCGCCCACUUCUUCUUCUCCUCCUGUUUCCAUGGCGGUGAACGGUCUCACACACACACACACACACACACACACAUUUUUGCUGUGUGUGUGUGUGUGUGUGUGUUUCUUUCACUCUCUGCCUCGGUAUGAAGGAGUGAUGUCAUUGGUCCUCGGGGGUUUCGGGGUUACUGGGAUGAGGCUCUGAGAGGUCAAGACGACCUUGGACCCCCCCCCCCCCCCUCACCUGGAUCAGAUUCAGAUUCAGACCUGACCCCUCCCCUCCCUGUUUCUUCUUCUUCAGGAUCCAAACCUGGAUCCGUUGACGUCCCCUCGCUCGCUCGCUCGCUCGCUCGCCUGCUCGCCGCCCUGGACUCUGAGCUCAUGUGUUAAAGUCAUUAAAGUCCAGAAGUUUCCAUCAAACCUGCUGCAGGGAGGAAUUCGGCUUCGCUGGGACCUUCUGUCUGUCGCUGUUCCUCACAGGUGGAUGUGCGACCACCUCCAGAGUUCCACUGUUGACCAGGGAGCCGAGCCAAGGUUACGUCUCACUGCGGCGGUCUCCCAGCGAGCAAAACCAGAGAACGGAGAGGUCCGAACUCUGCGUCAACACGAACAUUUAGAUCUGACGUCAUUACCAAUAAAUUUAGAAACUGAAUCAAUAUAA